UUCUCAUAAGAAAUAUUCCAUUUGCUUUAGAUUGGAAUAUUAUCUUCAAAGCAAAGUAAUAUAGUAUCAUUUCAUUCGUCAAAUAAUCUUCUUUUCUGUUGAACCGUGAUUUCAGACUAUGGAAAGACUGAUAUUGACAACAAUGCUUAUUAUUUCAGGUGUCUUGAGUGAGGACAUCUUAGAGCACCAGUGUGCUCUAAAAGGGACGUCAGUGAUUAUAAGCUGCAAGUACAACAAUCUUCCUGGAUUGACAGUCCGUUCCAUCAAGUGGUACAAAGUCCAAAGAGUGGCAGAUGAUUUGAUGUUUUUUCUCAUAUCGGACCUUCCUUCACCCACCAACCACUUUGAGUACAUGUUCAAUAACCAUGAGAAUGACUGCAGUCUUAGAAUUAAUGAUCUGCAAUUUGCUGAUGAAGGAGAAUAUGUUGUCAGUUUUGUAGUAGGUUUCCAAGAACGGAAAAGUCACAAACACACAUAUUUGGAAGUGAAAGAGCUGAAAGCUGUUGUGCAGCCAAGUACAGUGGCUGAGGGAGAGACUGUCAGGCUGAGCUGUCUGACAGCCUGCCCUGAAGAAACACAAAUUGCCUGGAUGAGAGACAGACAACCUGUUACCAGGACGGUUUUCCAGGCCACCAAGAAGGAUGCUGGGAGAUAUUACUGUGCUGUGUACCAACAGGAUUCAGGCAGAUCUGCCUCUGUUGCACUGACUGUUCACUAUGCUCCUACCGGGGUGAUUUUGUCAGUGAAUCCGGCAGGAGCCAUCAUCGCAGGAAGCACAGUGACCUUUACCUGCAGCAGUGACGCCAACCCUUCAGUGACCCAAUCGGGCUACACCCUGUUCAAAGAUGGAAAAUUAAUCAGCUCCGGGCAGAACUUCAUCAUUUCAGACAUUCAUCCCAGCCAGAGUGGACAAUACCACUGCAGUGCCUGGAACGGCAUACAAAGGAGAGGCAGAAGCUUUGUGACGUCAUUAGAGAUCUGUGUGGAGGUUCAGUACCCUCCUAUGAACAUUACAGUGUCGGUGAAUCCGGAGCGAGCUGUUGAAGGCAGCAUUGUAAACCUGACCUGCAGCUGUGAAACUGCAGCAGACGCCUACACCUGGUACAGGAGGACGCUCUCGGACAGCUCCAGCCCUCCGGUCCGGGUCGGCUCCGGAAAGACGCUGUCUCUUGUGUUUGUGAGGGGGCUCCAUCCCGCUCUCUAUUUUUGCAAUGUCAGGAACAAAUUAGGAGAAAGCAACUCAACUGAAGUCAUGUUGGCCAUGCCAGAAAGCUCUCAUGACAGGAAUCUCCUCCCAAUCUUAGUAGGAACAGGAGUCAGUCUUUCUGCAGUGCUGCUGAUGGUGUUGCUUUUGUUCUGGAAGACACAGAAAAGAGCUAUAAGCAAAAAGACUGUAGCUGACUUCAGCCCCGGUCCAGGAGAGUCAAACUCUGAUCCCGACGCUGUCUAUGCCAACGUUACCAUGUUACCCCUCUCUCCUCAGCCUGACGAAGCCUACAGCAAACCUAAUCCUAAUCAGGGAGAUUCACAUCAAAAUGCUUCCACAUCGCAUGAGGAUGAAGUUUCUUACUCCACAUUGAACAUCAAGAAAUGCAGACAACAGAGCUCUAGAGUCAGCGUGGAUAACAGCAGAGGGUCACAUGACUCACGGUUCACGGCAAAGGGUGAUACCUGUGUGGUUUAUGCCACUGUGGUCAAAAGCAGCUGAGAUUCUCUUCUGCUAAAUUACUUACUGCAAGUAUUUUGAAAUAAUCAGAAAGCAUAUAAACAUUUUUUGAAUGUCCAGGGUGGAGGUGGGGCCACCACGGAAACUACGGACAAACCAAAUUGAGGCCUCAUUUUCUGCCCACUUUUAAACCAUAUGAAGCGCACUUGGCCAUUCUGGCUCGCACCUUUGUUACCUUUCAUGGGAAAUCUGUUGAUGAUCAUGAAAAAACGUGUUUGUGUUUGAAAAAGACACAUUAUCACCACAAUUUGUCCAAAAAAUGUUUUUUUAUUAACAGGAUUCAAUUUCCAUUGUUUAUGUAUUUACCAUGUUCAUCUAAUAGCUAUAAACAAACAAUGACUGAUCUGCUGGUAUGGAAAGUAAUUUGCAAUAAUCAACUGUUUUCUUUUACUUUUUUUUUUUU